GACUAUGAUAUCAGUAGCAAUCGUCUGUGACUUAAACACUAGCAUUGACUUUUUAUUAUUUUUGUUCACCUGUGCUAUGAACUGGAAGCUUGUUAUGUUGGUAUUUAUCUAUGUUCGCUACUCACGUGCGCAAUAGAUUGUAGUGUGAAUCUGUAUGAUUAGUGGUGUGUGUGUAGUUAGUUUGUUGUGAGUUUCUAAAACUUUUAUUUAGUGUCAGUAAAAAAAAAUGGUCCCCAAUCAUGUAAGAGUAUAUCAAGUUCGAUGUCUCUAAUUUUUAAUGAAUGAAACAGUACAAUAUGUUACAUUCUUAUAGAAAGGCAAAUCGAAUGUCGUAUAGAGUAUACUUUCUCUGCAUAUAAUCAUUUCUUAAAAUGAGUGAAAGUACAACAGAAAUUAACGGGAGAGGGGAGCUAUUUGAAAUGCUGAAAGCUCUUUAUGACUUUAAAGCUACAUUUGCCAAGACUCUUAGCUUUCGAGAAAAUGAUAUCUUCAUUCUUCAUCAAGUAAACACAAAGCAACGAAACUGGUGGCAAGUGGUGAAUUCUAAAGGACAAGUUGGCUAUGUUCCUUCAAAUUAUGUUAAAACUAUUCAGGUUAGUGCUGAACACUGGGUACAGUUCCUAGGUGGGUGUUUGGAAGUUCUGUAUGGUGAGCAAAUACAUAGUGGUGGGUGCCUUGCUUCAGACCGGCAAGAGUUGUUGUUGCAUCUGGCAGAACAAAGAAGACAGGCCAAGUUGUGUUCUAGUUCAGGGAAGAGGCAUGCUCCACCUCCUCCAGACUUCCAAGUCAGUCAGUCCAGUGUGAGCAAUUCUAAACCAAGACAUGUUAAACCAGGCAGCUUGGCUACACGGCAGGUGAUUCAUGUUACCAUGUCUGAUACAUCACAGUGCCAUGUUACCAACACAGCCCAAGACCAGCAAGAUGAUGUGAAGAAAUCAGUUUCUGUGGUUUCUGCUGCAACGAGUUUGGCUACCAAAUCUUCUGAAGCUACUGCAUCAUCUGAUACCAGGAAUGACCCAGGAUCACCAGUUGCUUAUCAGCUAGUAGAACAGGUAUAUUUUACACAUUCAGUUUAUCAUGUUCAAGUUAAAGACCUUCGUACUUGGGAUUUGAAUUUUUCAUGGCAAGUGUCGUCUGGGUUAUGAUGCUAUGUAGUUUUGUAAGA